ACGGUUUGAUCUUUUUUAGAACUAUCAAAUUUUAAUAACAUUCUUUCAUUAUUUAUAUACUAAUCAUAAAUUAUUCUUACGAACUCAUAAAGAGCCAAUUCAUCUAUUAUUGAUUGAUAAGGAUAGUCGCAAAUAAGACACGCUACAUUUUUCUUGUACUAUAAUAAACAUCUCAAUAAAUAGUAAUUACCCAUAUGAUGUCUUCAUCUAAUAAAAUAAGUUUGCCGCCAAUAUCGGAUAUUUUACUUCCUCCAUCAAUACAUCAUCUCCAGCAUCAACAGCCUCAAGUUACUGCUCCGCCACCUCCACCAGCUCCACAACAGCAAUCAGUUCCUAUACAGCCUCAAAGAUGGCAACCUCAACAUCCAGCUGGUCCCCCAGCUCCACACUUAAGAAAUACUAGGUCUUUAUUACCUCCUAUCAAUUCGGUGCCUUCCAAUAUCUUGAGUCCAUCUACUAGAUAUUUACCAUCUACCGCUGUGCCGGGUCCUUCAUAUGAAGGUAAUAUACCACAUGCUACUAAUAAUUAUUACUAUACCUCAAUCCCUUCUACAAGUAGCAGCAUAUUGACUCCAACUCAUUCAUUGGUAAAUUCCACCGCAUCAUUGUCUGCAAGAUCACCAUUAUCUCAUAAUUCAUCACCUGCUUCAAAUACAACUUCAGGUUUAGCAUCUCCACCUUUACGUCAAACUCAGUCCCAUCAUGCAUUAUACCAGAGACAUCCAUCUAUUCCUCACCCACAGCAUCAUAUACAUCCCAUGGUACAACAACCACCAUUAUACAAACCAAACACAUCCACUUACAGAAAUUCGUCUAUCGGGGAAAUUAGUGAUGAGGACGAAGUAAGUGAAGAGGAUAGGUAUAAGGUGAGGAGACAGAGAGAAAGAACAGGGAGUACCGGUAGUGAAGAAUUAGAUGCAAAUGGCAUACCUUCAAUCAAGAGGAAAACUAGAAAUAAUUUACCAAAGGAGAUAACUUACAUAUUAUUAAAAUGGCUAAAUGAUCACUUAAACCAUCCAUAUCCAAAUUCAUUUGAAAAGAACCAACUAAUGAUGGCUACUGGGUUGAAUCAACAACAAUUAUCAAAUUGGUUUAUCAAUGCCAGAAGAAGAAAAAUUAAACUGUUAAAGGAGCAAAAGAGAAUCAAUUUAAUUUGACAAGAUUAUUAACUUCAAUUUGUUUCAUUCCACAAAAAUUUAUCUAAAGUUUAAGUUUACUAGCUUAACUUUAUUAUUUAUUUUCCAGUUUUAAGCUUAGCUCUUUUUCAAGCUAAGGGCCACAAAUUCAGUGCAUAGCUUCAUCAUCUAUUUAUUUAUUUAUUUAUUUAUUUAUUUAUUUAUUUAUCUAUUUAUUUAUUUAUUUAUUUAUUU